AUGGACUAUUUUUCCAAGUUUCUAAGAUCAGGCAGUCAACCAACUCUGAAAAUCGAGGUCGACCAUGCACUGGAGUUUCACAAGUCGUGGGUUCUGGUUAAGACGACGUUAUUGCAACCCGACGAGCGUCAGCUAUCUCGGGGUAUAAAGUCGACUGAUGUACCCGCGCAUCUGCAGUCCAUGGUCGACGCGCUCGUAUGGGAAUCGACACGCACAGAGGAAGGCGGGACGGGUGCCUGCCUAGAGUAUUUGUUGAAGAACGAUGUCUUGGGUACUCUUGUCAAGCUCAGUGAAUCUGAUCGUCCAUUUGGUAUUCAAGCCGAAGUACUACGCUCAGUCCAGAACAUGGUAGUGCUACUCGACGAGCAGUUCCUUGUACAUUCCGCAGUACACAAAGCCGUGCUCCGGCUACUCAGGAAUUGUGUGGGGGAUGAUAUACAAGAGCAACUUGACGGUAGAAACAAGGUCAUGGGGGCCGCCGGAAAUACCACGAGAAGCCAGCCGUCAGAGUACGAGGAGGACUUGGUCAAUCUCCUGUGUAUUCUCUGCAGUCGCAUUCGCACAUAUCGGGACUUGUUGAUGAUAUUCUUCCACGACAAGCAGUGGUAUCGCCCCGAACCAUUAUUCUCGGUUCAGGAAGAGGAAGAGGAUCAGGAGGAAGAAGAAGAACAAAAACAAAAGGAGCAGCGGGCAGAAGAAUCUUCAGAUGGAGUCGCAGGCGAUGCGUCUAGAACCAAAUCCGUAUCCUCCCCUACACCUUCCCAGGACACUACUAGUUCCGCCCCAGCGUCCUCCAUCACCACCAAGAAACCCGAAUACGAAUUUCUGCUUUUCAACUAUCUCCUCCGUUUCGUGCAUCGUGAAGGCCAGAUUGGCGAUUUCGCUCGCGCUGGCCUUCUUUUCCUCAUGGAUGUUGCGAUGUCCCCGGGAGAUUCCACACAGAGGCCGACGCCGGAGGAAAGCCUUGCAUUAUCGUCAUCCACGUCUACCUCAGACACCCUUCCUUCGUCCGAUCCCACUACCGACGCGGCUCUGGCACUUGCCGAGUAUAUCCUCGACGGAGAUUUUUCAGAGGUACUUGCGGCCGGUCUUUCAGCUGUGUACUCUCUGUUGCCGUCCAAGUUGGACAUCCGGCCACCGGCCCCCAAGGGAAACGCCAGUGGUACUGGCAUGACACUCGGUAGCGAUCCGAUCGAACUCUCGGAAAAUGAGAAGGAGAAGCUUGAGGUUGCUCAAGAGAAGAACCACGCGAUAGGUAUUGAAGAUUCAUCGAGUCCCGAUUUUAAGGCGCGUCUCGACCAUUUCUUGAAGUUACUCGAGUUCCUACAAGACGUCUUGCGGCGCAAUGUGGUACACGACACACCGGAUGGGUUGGACGCGUCGACUCUCGUGGGUUCUGCCAUCGUCCAGUCGAUCCUGGAUGCAGUUCGAAGGGUCUUUCUGGAGAACGUGCUCUAUCCGUCCAUCCUUGAAUGUUCAGAUGCGGAUGGAAGUGCCGUCGCAGUCAUGUCUUACAUUGAGAUCAUGAUCAGGACACUGGAAUGUGGGCAGCUGGGCGAUCUCCUCAUCGAUUUCCUCAUGAGUGAGGACAACAGCGACGAUGUCAACCGUAUCCGUCCCCGUUCACAGUCGAUGCUUAAUCUCAGCGGCAAUGUACCUCCCAGUGCGAAGUCUAGUGCUGCUGUCUCCAAGCAGACAAAGGCUCAGCGACGCAAGAGCACCGCCAUGGUCCUUUUGGAGAUGGAAGCUCCGGACUCGAGACGGCAAUCGGAAUAUUUCACAUCAAUGGGUCGUUUUACGUUGAAGGAUUUGCUCCUGAGCAACCUUCGGUCGAAGUCCCAGCCAACUGCAACGGCCGCUCUGCAACUCCUGCAAACCCUACUCCUCCAGUACUGUCCAUUAUGUGUGGACAGGUUGUUUAUUGUCAUUUAUGAUCCUAAAGCUACUAGCUUCCCUCAACCGGCGGCGCUGCUGGCAGCACCAAAAUUUUCCCCAACCAUCGAUGACGAUGGUGAUGAGAAGUUCAUAUACCCCGGUGCCGAUGAUAUCAAGGUACCUGCUACGAGCGAUAGUCCAUCGUCGACAGCGUCAGUUGUCUUCAUGCAACCCGAGACCACAUACUGGACCCACGAGCGGGAAAUGGGGUUGUAUUUGACUCUCGUCUCCCGAGUUGAUCCUAACCACAACGAAGACGCUUUCAGCACUGGUUAUGACCACUACCUCCGAGAUGCCCUCAUCUCGAUCCAGAGUCAACCUUGCUUCCAGGUAGAGGUUGACGCUGAGACGAGAGCGAGCUUGAAGCAUCGUCUUAAUCCCAAUGAUCCAGUGCUCUCGCUGGUACUGGAAUCUCUCAGAAGAUUCUUCUCCAAUCCACCAGAAAUGAACAUGGCGUUGACAGGCGUGUUAGCCACGUUGGCGGUAUGUCCAGACCGAUCACUCGCUGGCUGGUUGACGUUUGCCCCCAAAGACAAGGCAAGUUCUUCGACGGUACGGGGAACGAGCGGGAGCACUCUGACUUACGGAGAUGAUGGGGAUGACCGUUCCAUCGAUUUCCGCAUUGAGGAAAAGCUCGAGUCUGAGCACAACUCCCUCCCCGCUUCCAGUAUGGACGAGCAAUCGCGGCCGGUGGUACAUUCCGUCUUCCACGGACUUGUCUCACAAUUGGAGCGGUACAGGCAACUGGUCGACAACUUUGAUCAGUUCCUCAUCGAGCGGCGGCAGGGUUUACUGUUUUCAGAAAACCUUACGGACGCUCUCACACUUGCAUUGGAGUUCGACGGUAGUGGUACUACGCGUUCAAGUUCUGCCACGACCGUUGCAUCUGCUCCCGCAGAACCUAGCACCCCACGGCACAAGCCGAAGGCGAAGUCAGCAUCGUCGUCCUUCGUAUCGUUCUUGACGCCAAAAAAGAACAAGGCUUCAAAGGUGCCUCAGGCAGAACCUGCGACUCCUUCCCGCGGACACAGGGCUGUCGACGCGAGUCCGUUUGGUCCGCACUAUCAGAAGACGGGUGCGAUUGUGGUGGAACCGUUCGUUGCGCCUGCUCCUUCCUCGGGCCCUUGGACUCCUGCCAAACCACGCAAGUGGAAUGCCGACGAGGAGGACGUAUUCAGUGCGUCUGCGCAAUGGAGCGAGAGACGCGAAGAGUACGAUGAGGAUGAGGAGGAUGAAGCACAACUGCAGACAACCACCGUCACCCUUUCACGGCUGCUGGACAACGUGGUGAUAUUAGAGGAAUCAAUCAAAGAGCUGGUAGCCAUUAUUCAUGCGAGGCGCAGUCUUGGAAUAGAUUCCAUUCGCUAUCUGUAA